AUGUCAAAAGAUCAAGGAAAGAAGAGCCAGAUCUACCGGCCUCUGAAACCUGCAGCUAACUGGCUCCUUCAGCAAAAAUGGGACCAGUCCAGUUAUGAGAUCCACCGAGACAAGGUGAGAGAGGCCAAACCUGUAGUCGACACCAAGGGCAUCGAAACACCGGCGCAUAUCAGACACAAUCUGAAGAAAGUCCAGUUGCAGAAAGAAAGGAUGUCCAUCAUAGAGAGAGACAAUCAUCGUCUGGCCAGCAAUCUUUCUGCUAUCACUCGCUCUAAAGGACUGGUGGACAACAGGAACCAUUGCCCACAGCUCAGUGUGAACACACACAAAAAGAAGGAGGAGCUUCUAGAGCUGACAGCAGAAAACCAUCGGAUCAACCAGCGAAUCCUGACGCAGAAGUCGGAUUACAGGAGGGAACUCUGGGAGGCCGACUUUGAAAAGGUCCAGCAAUAUAGAGACAAACUCGCACACUAUCCACGAGGAGAGACCAACAAACAGGUUUGA